GCCGGGCGCCCGGGCCGCGACGCCGCCCGCACAGCGCCGCUGAGUUCACGCAGCCGCGGUCGGGCGGCCCGGCGGCGGCACUGUCGGCCUGGCCGAGGCCAGUUAAAGGGACGAGUUGCAAACAGUUCAGGAAGUGACAAGUCGAUUUCCUCCUCCCCGGGAGCCGCUCGGUACAAAGCGCUCGGCGCCGGCAAGAGAGCGUGCGCACGGCAGACGCGGGCGGGCAACCCGGACGACUUGGCGAGCACUAGCUGUGACGGCCCCCGUCCGGCGCGCACAGUUGUUGACUACUUUUGGCCAUUCCCAGAGGACCUUGUCCCCAGACUGAGCAUCUGAUGGGGAGCUGUUGCUGAUGACAUCACUCCCUGGGAUGCCCAGGUAUCACUACUAGUCAAGUCUGCCCACCUGAAGAUGGCCUGUGCCCACCCUGGGAUGCAGCCCAGUGCCUGAGGUCCUUACCAUGGUGAUGAUCCUAAGGAGAAGCCUCAUCAUCCAGGGAGCUGACUCCAUAGCACACAGGACCUUUAUCCCCGAACUGCACAUGCCAAAGAAGAUGAGUCAAGGACCUACCCUUCUCUCCUGUGGAAUUAUGGAAAAUGACAGAUGGCGAGACCUGGACAGAAAAUGCCCUCUUCAGAUUGACCAGCCAAGCGCCAGCAUCUGGGAAUGUCUGCCUGAAAAGUGUCAGGAUGGCUCCCUCUGGCACCAGGAGGCGGUGACUGCCUGUGCAGUGACCAGCUUAAUCAAAGACCUCAGCAUCAGCGACCACAACGGGAACCCCUCAGCUCCCCCCAGCAAACGCCAGUGCCGGUCCCUGUCCUUCUCUGAUGAGAUGUCCAGCUGCCGGACGUCAUGGCGGCCCUUGGGGUCCAAAGUCUGGACUCCUGUGGAGAAGAGACGCUGCUACAGUGGGGGCAGCGUCCAGCGCUACUCCAACGGUGUCAGCCCCAUGCAGCGGAGCUCCAGCUUCAGCCUCCCUGCUCGGGCCAAUGGGCUCUCCUCACCGUGCCACCAGUCAAGCCUACACCAGCCCUUUGGGGGACAGCCCUGCCAAGGAGCACCAGGUUCAGCUCCCUGUGGACGGGUGGGCGAUACCUGGAGCCCCGACCCACACCCUGUGGGAGGGGGCCGGCUGGACCUGCAGCGGUCCCUCUCUUGCUCACACGAGCAGUUCUCCUUCCCAGAAUACUGUCCCCCCUCAGCCAACAGCACACCUGCCUCAACGCCAGAGCUGGCAAGACGCUCCAGUGGACUUGCCCGCAGCCGCUCCCAGCCGUGCGUCCUUAACGACAAGAAGAUCGGUGUGAAACGGCGGCGUCCUGACGAAGUGCAGGAGCAAAGGCCUUCUCUAGACCUUGCCAAAAUGGCGCAGAACUGUCAGGCCUUCAGCAGCCUCAGUUGCCUGAGCGUGGGGAUGGAAGACCCCAGCUCCCCAAGCCCCUUUGCCCUUGUCAGUGGCACCCGAUCCUGGACCGCCUUGCUCUCAGCUUCCAACCCGGGGGGCCGGACCCCUGCUGCGACCCCAGUUCCAGAGCCUGCUCCUCAUUCCUUCGACGAUCACUUCCCCUGCCAGGAGGACCUGUCGUGUGAGGAGUCGGACAGCUGCAGUCUUGACGAGGAUUGUUGCAGGAAGGGGGAGCCGGCCGCAGCCUGGCAGGGCCUUGGCGCCUGCACGAACAGCCUCUGCUCUCUGGACGGCGAGCUGGACAUUGAGCAGAUCGAGAACAAUUGAGGGGGCUGUGGGCUGUGGCCUGGGGCAGAGGCUCUGCAAUGGGUGGGCCUCGCUCUGGGCCUUAGGUGGUCACCAAGGGGGAUCCUGGCUCCUGGGUCCGGACCAAGCUUCCAAAGGGAGCCCAUCCACUUCCCAGGGAGCAGCUGUCCCCCUGCGGUGCCCAUACUUGUGAAGGCAACUUGGCCCCACCUCACAGGCAACUGCUGGCCUCCCACCAGUUCCAUGGAACUACUGUAGCCCAAGAACAGGUUUUUUGGUUUGGUUUCCUCCUCUUUGUUCCUCAUGGAGUGCUGGGUAGCCAUUCUCCAGGAGGGCUGGGCCAGCUGCGUCCCACAGGUAGAGUGCCAGGGGCCUGAGCCCACUGUGGCCUCGCUCAGGUUCCGCCUGGGGAGUUGCCCAAAGCCUCCUUUACUUAGUUUACUCCGUGCCUUCUCUCCCAGGUCUCCCUGUCCCCGGCUUGGGAAGGUUCGGGAGACGCCUCUUGUAGUGACACCAGACCGUGUGGCCUUAAUCCAUUUGGGGCACUGUGCAGGGAUUCUGGGGGAUAAUCCGUGUCCCAUUUUUGGGGACCAGGGGAUAGGUCAGGGAUGACCAGAAGCCAUUCAUACUGGGUAGGUAUUUGGUGGUUGUGUUGACUGAAAGGUGGGCCCAUGAGUUCUCCCAUGGCACCAAGAGUCACCCACACCUCUGCCAGCACAGGGGCUGCCCUGGCAAGGCUGACAUUGGCAGCCUUCCUACUCCCCAGUCCCCAAGGGCAGAGUUAGGUGGAUUCGGCCGAGUGUAGAGAUGUCAGUGACAAGAUGACCUCUUCAUAGUGUCCUCAGGAGCUACAAGCAGGUGCAGGAGACUUGGACCUGUCUACAUUCCUGGGCAGAGGGAUGUCUAUGGCCCUUUGCAGGCUGCCCACUUGGCAGGCAUCCCUCUGCAGUGACCUAGGUUGGGGGCCCGCAAGUCACACCAUUCCUAGCACAUGGUUGCUUGUGCACAGACCCCCUGCUGGCUUUCAUGGAAGUGUACUGCCUCUGGCUUCAGAACACCCCUCCCAGUCCGCUGAUGCAAGCCUAGCCCUAAGGCUCUUCUCUGCAGGCCCAGCCACAGCAUGGCUUGAAUCAUUCUCCCCCUCGUAGCUCCUCGCUCCCAGCAUAGUUCCCAGAGGGUCUCUGUUCAGGCAACUCCCCGAGUCUUCUCUACGGACAUGCCACAGGGCUCUGCACUCUGGGACUCUGGCUUUUAGCAAACUUGGCAUCUUCUGCAGACAAUAGCAAGUGGGCCGGCUUCCACAAGUGGCUUGUUUUCCCAUAAGGCUAAAAAUAACUGGUGCAUUCUCUCGAGUUCAUGGACAUGUGAGCUAGGCACUUCUGUAGUCACUCUGCUGUGCCUACCCCCCGUAGUUCCAUCCUCUGCUGCUUGAGCCCAAAUGGGUUAUCCUUCCUGGGACCCUUCUGUUUAAGCUUCGUCAAUCCACCCGAAGGACUGAGGCCCAAGUUCUGAUGUAUAGGUGAUGUUUCUUUAAAAUCUGACCCAAAGGUACAGGAGGUCCCACUCCUAUAGCCCCGGGUUGGGUAGCAUGGUGGGUCCAUGUGGUGGUGGGAGACCAGCGGGACUCAGGGCACCAGAAAGCCAAAGUAGAAAACUGGCGAAGUCAUGACAUGGGAGCCCUGCCUGGUGCCUCGUGGCGGCCAUACUUUCUCUGUAUAAAACCUGGAGGAAGGUAGCUGAGAGGGUGUGGGAAACACACACCAGUGCCCAGAAAGCCCACAGUGAGUGAGAGGUUCUGGGUCUGGAGUCACCUCACAGUCCCUAAAUCCCACCCCUCCUAAGGACGGCAGAGGCUGGGCCUUGUUCCCGGGGCCCAUUUCACACAGCACGCUAAGGCCAAAGCAUCCACCAGUAGCCAGCUGCCUGUCCUGUGGCCUGGGACCAGCAGCUCUGGCGGCAGGUGUGUCUUAAAGCUGUUGUAAUGGACGGCUUGUCUUGAGACUGCUGGCUGAAGGACAGUUAUCAUCCUUCCUUCGGACACUGUUCCCUGGGCAAUAAUGCUCCAAACCUGGGGUAGGGCUGGCCCUUUUCAGCUUCCUCAGGCCUCUCUGCACUGUCCCUGUCCCACUGAGGCCUCAGUCCGAGCCCCCAACAUAGGAGCCAGAGAAGAUGGCAGGAGCUUUUCUGCUUAGAGGAAGACUGACUUCAUUUGCUUUUUGACAUUCUUUUAAUUGAGCAAAGCAGGUCUCUUCUGGAAGGUGCCCAUGUGUCUGUCUUUCAGCAGCCAUGCUACCCAGACCCAUUCGCUGGAUCCAGCACCUCUGGUCUUGGAUCUCUUGGAGGAGGCACCCACGUGCUUGGCACCACAGACAGCAAGCAGAGUGGCUUAGCCUUCAGCAGUGUGGCUUCAGUAUGGGCGACAUUAAAAAUCUCCCCUCCCUCAACCUGCCUGUGAGUGUCAUCCCCCAAAGAAGCUGAGGGUGUGCUUGGCCACCCAUUGCCUAGGGAGCCCAAAGGUCUAGAGCAAGGUGUGGCCCCACCAGAGCCAGCCAGGGGAGAGGGCCAUCCAUCACAUUGCACCCCCGCUCACUCCAAAAGCCGCAGAGCCGAAAGGAGUUGCUCUCUGCAGGUACCUGAUCUGAGUUCAGGGUGGCGGCCUAGACAGUUUACAUGACUGGCUGCCCACGCUUGCCUUACUCAUGGGUGGUGAAGGUAGAACCCGGUCCGCACCCAUGGGCUUCCUCGUGCACAGGCCCGAGGAACUUGUUCGCCCACACAUGCAGAUGUGCAGAAAGCCUUACUUAAUUUUUUUUUUCUAAAUUUGUAUGUAGAAAGAAAAGUUAAAUAAAAGAAAGGUCCACACUAAGCAGGAAGUGCCCUCUCCCAGUUUCCAGAUGGGUCAACAGACAGAUGGCAUCGUUUUUUUCGGGCUCAUUCAAGGUCCAUAGCAGUUAGAACCUGGACCCUGUACCCCAUUUCCACUGAUGCAGUUAAAAUUACUUGAAUGACGGCCACUUAAAAUGUAAGCUAGGUGCCAGGGCUCAGGGACCCUCUGCCCAUGCAGCCCAGAUGCUGCCCCUUGCCACAUCCAUGCUGCUGGUCAGACCCCGUCCCCCUGGUGCCAGGCCCCUUAAGGAGGAAGAAAAAGCUAUUUUAAAAUUGCGGACUGAUGGAGCUCCUGUAGCCUAGGUAGGAUAGCCUGACCUCCUAGCAUGGUCUCAUUGACAAAUGAAUUCCAUUGUCAGUGUCGGGGAUGCCCAGGGUUCAGCAGCAGUUGGGGCCCGCAGGUUGUCCUGGGGCCAUGUGUGCUGUCCCCGCCAGCGGGCAGCGGUGGUACUGUUUCAGGUAGUACGGUGACUGGCGUGGUGAGUCAGGCCCCCACCAGGGCAGCAGUCCGUGGGCAGCAGCCUGUGCUGGGUCUCUUCACUAGCACCACGCACCGCUGCCUGCCCUCCCACACAGGCCAUGACUGCCUCACGCUACGGUCGCUCUAGUCUCAGGAAUUCGCUUGUUACUUUUACUGUGUAAAUAAAGCUUCCUGGUCCAACACCC